UUGUUGAUACGAUAGUUCCAUUCCUUUUGAUUUGUAUUUGUAUAUCAAAACAGUUCGGAGUUCUUUGUCAUGUUAUUAGAAGAAAAGAGAAGCAAACUGCCACCCACUGAUGUCAAUAAUCUUGAAAUGUUAAUGUUUUGAGGAAGGGGUGAUUCAUUCUUUAAUAAAAUAGAGGCUUUUUUGCCAUCCUACAAUGAUAAAAUCAUUGUCUGCUCUGCGUAGAUCUGCCUAUGCUACCUUACCAGAUGAUCGACCAGUAACUGCUAUUACAAUAGUUGAAAAUAUAUCCAAUUGUCCUCCAGGCUUUUACCCCGUCAGCCGAACAUACGAUCAAGACCAAGACGCAGAUUUGAAGGAAAGUUCCAUUUUUAAAAGUUCACAAUCAAGAUAUUUAUGUUUGUCAAAGACUGAAGGUCUACCAAAUUUUGUAAUCAGUGAUCUUGUUGUAACGAAUGAAAAAGGUGUUCUUCCAAUAGGGUAUAGUUUAUUGAAUAGGACCACUGACACAGAGCAGAAAGCUUGGAAGAAAAAACUUAUAUCCUAUAGAUUGGUCAAUUUAAAGCAUACAAAAGUUGCCAUAACUGACAUAAUAGUGUGUAGUCGAUUGAAAAAAGCUCCCGAAGGAUUUGAUUUUGCUGGGGAAAUAAACGGAGUGACAAUUUGCUAUAAAAUGGGGAAUGUACAAGAUUCAGAAGCCGCUUCUAGUCAACCUCAAGCAGCCCCGAAUAAGCCCCCUCGUCCGGCCCCUCCACCACCAAUAGCGAAUCCAUCAUAUCCCAAUCUUCAAGACGAUGACCAUGAUUAUGAAAUUUUACUGCCAUCUUAUCCAAGGCCUAAUCAACCUCCACCGGUUCCUACGUCAACAUCACAGAAUAAUACCAAUACUUUGAACGUAUCAAACGCGUUCAGUGCUAUGGAAGGUGUUCCUUUUGUCAUCAACCCCGCGUUUUUGACUAGUGCUAAUGCUUCAAAGGUUACUUUGCCUAGCAUAAAAGCUAAGUCGAUGCAACAAAUAUUGAGGGAUUACAGCUACCCCUUUUCAGUGGAAAGACAGACCUAAAUCUGGAAUGAAUCCCGACAAAAUGCCUUGAACAAUGGACUGAUGAGAGAUUUAAUCUAAAAUUGAUUAUCGUGUUAGAAUUUUUAGAGUAUAAAAAAGUUUUAGGUUAUGUUGUGAUCCUUGACUAAAUUUCAGAAAAUAUUUUAGGAACAGAGACAAAGGUAUUUGGUAUUUUUUUGAUGAAUUAUUGUAUCCAUUUAAGUCUGUUAUGCCUGGUCUGUUUGAUUCGAAAUUUUAUCAAGGACUGUUUCGUGCGAGAAACAAUUUUUGUAUAUGAGAUAAUAUCGUUCUAGUUACCCCAUCCCUAUCGUUGUAUCACUUGACCAUGUCAUUUCCAAAAAUUUCUCAUCUUAGAUAUUCCAUCAAAUUAUGGAAUUGACCGUAGAUGACGAAUAGAUAUUCAAGCAUUUUCGUGACCAAUAUUUAAAGCUCAAUAUCGGAGAAUGUUUGCGCAGGAAAGAAAAUAUUCUAAUGAAUAUGCGGGAGGUGUAACUUGACGCGGCUUUUUGGAAAGUUUUGUGAUAUGAAAGGACUACAUAGAAAUCUAACUAAAGAAUUUUUAAUCACUAGAAUAUUUAUUUUCCCAAAUAGUAUGUGGUUAAACUGAAGAACUUUUCUCAAUCGUAUUCAUUUUUAAUUGUAUUUAUUAGAAAUGUGAAAAUUGUCAUAUUUUGUAAAAUUUAGUGCCAAUACUAACAUUAAUAAAUCGUAAUAAAAAUUU